AUGCCGUCCCCAUCAUGCUCCAAGCGCAGCAGCGGCGCCCACCUCGCCAUCGACAAGCUCGACUACAACUCGCCGCGCCGCCCGCUGCUCGGAGGCUCCGACGCCUCGAGCUCCCACGACCCGAGCAACGACAACAGCUACGCCGGCAGCUUCUUCGAGCAGGUAGCCGAGGGCGUCAUGGAGCGCGACCGCGACCGUCUGCAGCGCGUCGUCGUGCGCUGGCUGAGCUUCGUCUGGGCCAUAGUCAACUGCCUCUGCGCCGGCAGCAUCACCGCCUACUCGCUGUACGGCCACCUCUUCCAGAGCCGGCUGCACUACACACAGCUCCAGGUCAACAUGGUCAGCAUCGUCGCUGAGCUCGGCAUGUACCUGCCUGUGCCGCUCUUUGGCUAUCUGUGCGAUCGCCUCGGGCCUGGGGCUCCCUCGGCGCUGUCGGGCGGCUUCUUCGGCUUCGGCUAUCUGCUCGCUGCGUUUGCGUACAAGAGCGGGCCGCCGCCGUCUGCUGCGCCGUCUGCUGCUGCUGCUGCUGCUGGACAUGGCUGGCCGUUUGCCGUCAUGGUGCUGGCCUUCUUCGCCGUCGGCAUGGGCACGAGCUGCAUGUACCUGUCCGCCGUGACGACAUGCGCGAAGAACUUUGGUCGCGGCAACGCAAAGGGCGUCGCCCUGGCUGUCCCCAUUGCUGCCUUUGGCCUGAGCGGCAUGUGGCAGAGCCAGGUCGGCGCGCACUUGCUCUACGAGAAGAUGGCCAACGGCAGCAGAGGAGACGUCGACGUCUUCCGCUUCUUCCUCUUCCUCGCCAUCCUGCUCCUCGCCGUCGGCCUCCUCGGCACCCUCACCCUGCGCAUCGUUGACGAGGAGGAGCUCAUCGACGACGCCGUCGAAGAACUCGAGCGCUCCGGCCUCCUCACACACGACGAGUUCUUCACCGCCGCCGCCCACAACCACGGCUACGGCACCCUCCCUCCCCAAGACCUCUCCGACUCCACCGUGGACUUCCUGCAAUCCGAGGCCGCUGCCCUCAAAGCGCGCCACGAGGAAGAAGCUCGCAAGAAGACCUGGCUCCUCAACGAAGAAACGCGGCGCUACAUGCUCGACCCGACAAUGUGGUGGCUAGCAGCCGGUUUCUUCCUGGUCACUGGGCCGGGCGAAGCAUUCAUAAACAACCUAGGCACCAUCAUCAACACGCUCACACCCCCUCAUGUCGACGUGAGCACAACGCCAGCCACACACGUCUCCAUCGUCGCCAUCACAUCCACCCUCGCACGCCUCAUCACCGGCACACUGAGCGACAUCCUCGCCCCCGUCGCCCCCGUACGGUCGCACCUCCAAGGACCGGACAGCAUCGCAAACUCCCUCUCCUCCCUGCCUCCCCAGCCAACCCGCCGCUUCACCGUAAGCCGGAUCACCUUCCUGCUCACGUUCGCAUUCCUCCUCUCGCUCGGGCAACUCCUGCUCGCCUCCGGCGCAAUCCAAAACCACCCCAACCGCUUCGCCCUCGUCUCCUCGCUCAUCGGGGCCGGCUACGGCGCCGUGUUCAGCCUGGCGCCCAUCGUGGUCAGCGUCGUCUGGGGCGUCGAGAACUUUGGCACGAAUUGGGGCAUUUUGGCUAUGACGCCCGCCGCGGGGGCGACGCUGUGGGGCGCCAUUUACGCCUUUGUGUACCAGAGGGGUGCCGACAACAUGAACGUUGGCGAGAAGGACGUCGAUGAUGUGCUGUGCUAUGGCAAGAGCUGCUAUGCGCCCACGUUCUGGGCGAUGGCUGUUUGCGUCUGGCUUGCGAUGGCGCUUUGGGUGUACGCUUGGAGGGGGCCUGGGGGGUGGAAGAGGAGGGGAGUCGCCGUUUGAGGGGUUGAUGAGGGGUUGCUUGGUUUCCUUGUUCUGGUAUGUUUGCGCACGAUUUGGGUUUUGUUUGGUCUUGGUUUGGCAUGGCAUGGAAGCGUGCAUUUGCUUCGUGGCGUCGGAACCUUGGGUUUGCAUUCGCUCGCCUGGUGUAUAGGCGCAGCUCGCGGCGUUGGACGGAUACUUGCAUUACAUCCACCUUCAAUGAGCAUACAUCAUUACUAUCCAUACAUCGUUAC